CAGCAUUAUUUCAUUUCCAUACUAGAUACAAUUAUGGUGACCUUUGGCUAUUUGCUCCGUUUUAAAAAUGCUUCCAAUGAGACCUUUUAUGGCGAAGUACCGGAAGAAAUUGUCACAAAAGGAUCAUAUAUUGGGUCCACAAUACCCGUAUAUAGCCAAAAUGCGCCUUGGGACUUGGAAUUCCGUCUGCUAGACCGGAAAGAGACAAUAUUUGAAGUCUUGUCCCCUCUUCCAGCCGUACCAAUUUUCAUAGGCGUUGGUUUGAAUUACAAGCAACAUGCAAAGGAAGCUAAAGCAAGUUUGCUGCCACUAGUCGUAAUAAGACCUCAAGAUGCACUUGCUGGCCCAUUUGAAGACAUUCCAAUCAACCCUCAGUGUCAUGCUAUGGACUACGAGGCUGAGUUGUGCUUUGUAAUUGGAAAAGACUGCAAGAAUGUAGGUGAUGAUGAAAAUGCGAUGCAGUAUGUCUUGGGCUACACGGCCGGAAACGAUGUCUCAUCGCGAUACUGGCAAAUGCCUGAGCGCUCGGGUAACCAGCACGGGAUAGCAAAAUCUUUCGAUAAAUUUGCGCCAAUUGGACCUGUUAUUGCUUCUCCGGGCGUCAUUCACGACCCUCACAAUCUCUCGAUUAAGUCAGUUGUGAAUGGCGAAAUCAGGCAGUCUGCACGGACCGAUGACUUGAUAUAUGACAUCCCGACUAUCAUCAGACAUGUUAGCAGAGGUACGACUCUGCGUAAAGGGACAGUCGUCAUGACUGGCACACCAAGUGGAGUUGCUGCAUUCAUGGAUCCACCAGCGUGGCUUCAGGAUGGGGAUAUCGUCGAAGUCGAAAUCGAAAAGAUAGGCAAAAUUAAGAAUAAGAUUGUUUUCGAAAAGUUAUAGCUAGGGCAAAUUACAUUU